AUGAAGUCUUUAUCUUCACCAGAGUCUCCCAGGCAGAGGACUGUGCGGAGGGUGUCUAAGCCUCUGAUGGAGAAACGCAGACGGGAACGAAUCAACCACAGUCUGGAGACAUUACGACUCCUGAUGCUGGAGAACACCCACAAUGAGAAACUGAAGAAUCCAAAGGUGGAGAAGGCAGAGAUUCUGGAGAGUGUGGUCCAGUUCCUGAAGACAGAGAAGGAGGUGGAGAGGGUCCUGUCCAGGGAGCAGACCUGUGCCCGCCAGCACAACUACCAGGAGGGCAUGAGGUCCUGCCUGCUGAGGGUCAGCCACUUCAUAGCCACCAAGAGCCAAGAGUCAGAGGAUUCCGGGGGGGAUACAGUUCAGGCUUCUCUUGCGCUUCCCGAGCCCCGUACGUACCCGCCCUCACCCGGGCCCAUCCACAAGGCACUGAUGCCCGCUCCCGCUGGUGACUCGGCUCCCCAGCAUCUGCCCCACCAUCACCGUCAGCACGGGAUCUCUCAUCCGUACCUCACCCAGAGGACCGGCCUCGACUGUGAGACCAGGAAGCUGCUUUCCUCCACCGCAGCGUGCACGGACAUCACCGACCCUGUGUGGAGGCCCUGGCCUCAGUAA